UUUCAUAUUUUUGUUGAAUUUCAAUUUUUGGACCACACAGCAGUAAACCUUUCCAGCAACAUGUUAUUUCUUAAAAGCAAGGCAAAUACACUCGAUGUGGCCAAUUACACGGUCAUCGUACCCAGCAUCUGUGUGGGUAAUGCGGCACAAUUGGCCUGCGACCUGUUGAUUGCAUCAAAAAAACUGAAACGCAUCGGCAGCCUGUCACAUCCUGCCCUGAUACCGGUAUAUGGACCCUCAGCCUACCAGCACGAGCCGGACGAGCGGGUAUCAUCUUGUGAGCUUUAUGAAUCCGCGGAGGAUAAGCUAUUGGUCAUACAAUUUCGUGCGCCACUUAUUGCGCGACAUACAAAAAGUUUUCAAAUUAACUUAGUAGAGCUGCUGCAGGCGGCGCGCCGUGUGAUCGUUCUCAGUGGCAGCUUUGGCUUUGAGCGACGCGUUAUCGAGGAGUCGCCUUGGGCAUAUCGCGCCAGUGACAACUUUAAGGCAGCCCACGCCGCACAGCUGGGGAAUGCGUCGCUUGUAAAGUGGAAGGAGCACACGGGCGAGCACAUCUUUGGCGGCGGUAAUGCGCUGCAGCUGUUUAAUGCGUUCGAGGAGAAGCAGGUGCCGGUCAUGCUGCUCUUCCGUUAUCUGCUAGAGGGUGACAACUCGACAGACGCCUCACUGAUUGUGCGUGAGCUAAACGAGCUGUGCGAAGAUUUUCUGCAGUUGCGCGACGGCGGCGACGGCGGCUUUAAGCUGACCGUACCCAAGUCUUGGAAUUUGUUAUUUGGCAAUGAAGUAACCGAGUUACUCUUUUAAUUGUGGACAUUAUUUGAAAUUAUUACAAUAAAAUCUAAUCUUUUGGUGUAGGAUAAUAGAGAU